CAGCCCCUCCUCUCUCGCUCUGUCCCUCUGGCUCUUUCAACCUCAUUGUCAUACAAACACAGCUCCCUCAAACCUCCCUCUCAUGGACUCACUCAUGGCCAGAGCUGGGAAGAGCACUUGUCCUGGAGAGACUGGGGGAUCUAGACUUGUAUUUUCUUCAAAAGGCACCAGAUAAAUCCUAACUAGGGAUAAAUGGAAGCAUAACCACAGACUAAAGACAAGAAGCGACCUUCCUCAGUGCGAUGGAGAAGCCUUAUGGUCCAGAUGUCAAGUUUGUGCUGGAUGUAGGCACAGCCCAUCCUGUACCCAACACCUUGACCAGAGGACAAUGGUCAAGCAAAAUGGAGUUCCUCUUGGCUGUUGCAGGUCAAAUCAUAGGCCUUGGAAAUGUGUGGAGGUUCCCUUACCUGUGCUACAAAAACGGAGGAGGGGUGUUCUUCAUUCCUUAUGUCCUCUUCCUCUUUACCUGCGGCAUACCUCUGUUUCUCCUGGAGACGUCACUCGGCCAGUACACCAAACAGGGAAGUAUUACCUGCUGGAGGAAAAUUUGUCCCCUUUUUGAAGGGAUGGGUUAUGGCAAUCUUGUGGUUGUUUUGUACUCCAGCAUCUAUUACAUCAUCAUAUUGGCCUGGGCGUUCCUGUAUCUCUUCUCCUCUUUCAACUCUGAACUUCCCUGGGCAAAUUGCAGAAACAACUGGAACACAGAGACCUGUGUAGAGUUUGAUCGAAGAGCUGGACAUUUGAAUUGGACAGCUGCUGAAAAUGCAACGUCACCAGUGAGAGAGUUUUGGGAGAGAAGAGUUCUGAAUCUAACAGGAAAUGUCCAUGAGUUAGGCAGCAUUCGAUGGGAGCUGGCUCUGUGUCUUCUGUUGUCCUGGAUCAUCUGUUACUUUUGUGUCUGGAAAGGAGUAAAGUCCACAGGGAAGGUAGUUUAUAUUACUGCCACAUUUCCAUAUCUGAUGUUGGUGGUGCUGCUUGUUCGUGGAGUCACGUUGCCAGGGGCCUUGGAUGGGAUCAAGUUCUAUCUCUACCCAGAUCCAUCCCGCCUGUCUGAUCCACAGGUGUGGAUGGACGCUGGCACACAAGUAUUUUAUUCCUAUGCUAUUUGCAUUGGGUGUCUAACUGCACUCGGCAGUUAUAACAAGUACAACAACAACUGUUACAAGGACUGUGUGUACUUGUGCCUUUUGAACAGUGGGACCAGUUUUGUUGCAGGCUUUGCCAUUUUCUCUGCACUUGGAUUUAUGGCAUAUGAGCAGAACACAGACAUAUCAAAAGUAGCAGAGUCCGGUCCCGGCUUGGCGUUCAUCGCCUAUCCUCGAGCAGUCGCCAUGAUGCCUUUUCCCCAGAUCUGGGCAAUAUUCUUCUUCAUUAUGGUCAUCCUGCUGGGACUAGACAGUGAGUUUGUAGGUCUGGAAGCCCUCGUGACAACAAUUUCUGACACAAAUCCUUCCUUCUUCCACGUUGGCCAUCGACGUAAACUUCUUCUACUUGCUAUCAGUGUUGUCAGCUUCUUCAUUGGACUUGUGAUGGUUACAGAUGGUGGUCUGUACAUCUUCCAGUUGUUUGACUACUAUGCCUGUAGUGGGAUGACUCUACUUCUCUUCGCCAUACUGCAGUCUGGUUGUGUUGGAUGGAUAUACGGUGCAGACCGGUUUUAUGAUAACAUAGAGGAUAUGAUUGGAUACAAGCCUUUACCCCUGAUUAAGUAUUGUUUGAAAUACGUCACUCCAGUAAUAUGCAUGGGAACGUUUAUUUUCUCCUUGGUCAAAUACACUCCUCUGAAGUUCAACAACACAAUUGAGUACCCGUGGUGGGGUUAUGCUCUUGGUUGGUGGUUCACUCUCUCCUCUACACUCAGUGUUCCUAUAGUUAUGUUGUACAAUGUGAGCACCACUCCCGGUACCCUGCGACAGAGGAUCUCCAUCUUAUGCACUCCAGCUGAAGACCUUCCUUUGAACCAAAAGGACAAGAUAGGACUUCAACUGAUCGGCUUGACCUCACCUCCUGACAGCAAGGUGACCUAGGGACCACAACAAACUGGAGCAGCUUCACGUUUUCUCAACACCAUGAGUCAAUUUUGUUUUACCUCUUAAACAAACAGAUGUAUAUUUGUUGCUGUCAUACACAUGUCAUGGUCUUCAUUCCGCAAAUGACUGCAGCUAUUCGAUGUAAUGAUUGCUAAUCCAUGAUUUGAUUCAUUUUAAUAUCUUCAAAUGACAGUAAAUAGUGAUAAAUACACAUCACAAUUUCCCAGAGCCAUGAAUUCAGAUGGGCUAAAGACAAUAAAUUAACUUAUAAUAUAAAAUGUAUAGAAAACAGCAAAUUCUCACAAUCCUCACAUUGGUGAUAGAUUAAACAAUGUGUUAAUCAAUUUAUUUAACUCUUAGAGUAUUUGUUUCAGCUCUAUUAGCAAGUCAACCUUAAAAGUGAUCAAUCAUGGAUGAACGGCCAUUAAUAUUUUAAAUUGUUAUUUAUGUAAAUAGAAAGUAUUGCCAAUAUAGUUUUUUUGUUGAACCAGGUUAUACAACCUGGUAUAAACACUUGCCACAAUAGCCAUACAGGUUGAACACUUAAGUCACUUUUAGAUCACUGUGAGAGACGUACAUUUCAUUUUAAACUGUGAAUAUAACUAAAACACUGACAUGAAAGAGGAAAUGGUAUCCGGCAAUACGUGUGGGAUUCAACCCUUAGACACUGCCUGCAUCUUAGUACUGAAAAACUACUUGUGUGCAUAACGCUCACACAGAUAAGAGAAAGUUCCCCAUUUCAGUUUGUGUUUGGUGUUCAAACUACAACAUCAGUGAGUUGAAUUUUGGUGAUUUCGACCAUCACUACGAUUCAACUGACAGAUGUCUGGUUUAGUUUUCUGCAACACCGAGCAAACCUAUUGGUUGCAACAGUUAUAAUCACAAGGGUAUAUUUUUAACAGUUAUAUUUUUUACCGUAGUCUCAACUCUAAGCUUGUUUAUUAUAGAUUUUAUACAAAAGGUGCAGGUUGAUAUUCAUGUCAUUUUUUUAUAAAAAAUAAUUUUGUAUCAUAUAACAUUGACAUUUGUGGCAGUAGUUCUUUAUGUAGCACAUGCAGUAAAUUAUCAAUCAAUAAUAAAAACAUUUAAGAAGAUCUUUUCAAAAGAUAUGUGGCACAAAUCCAAUGAAUUCCAACCCUUUAUUAAAAAAAACGUAAUCCACGAUACAAAAUACGUUUCCCUCUAAAUGUAUUUCAUAAUGCAGUUUUGUUGUAUAGACAGUGCUGAUGAAUUCAUGUUUAAAUUGAGAAGUUGAGAAUUAUAUAUAUUACCUGAUGUUGUUGUUAUCAAUAAAUACAUUAUGAUCAAUUA